AUAAUCACGUGUAUGUGCUCAAGCUGCUAAUUUCACCUGCGCAGACUGACCAGAGCAAAACACACUGACCCACUUACACAAGAGCAGCAGCGAGUCUGCCUCUGAAGCGGAGAUGAAGCAGAACUUCCCCGUUCCAGCUUUUCUCAGCAAGCUCUGGACACUUGUUGACGAUCACUGCACGAAUGACCUGGUCACCUGGAGCGAGGAUGGCUGCAGUUUCCUGGUGCUGGAUGAGCAGCGCUUCAGUAAGGAGCUCCUGCCGCUUUACUACAAACACAGCAACAUGACCAGCUUCAUACGCCAGCUCAACAUGUACGGCUUCCACAAGGUGGUGCCAGUGGACUCGGGCCUGCUGAAGGACGACAGCCGCGGCGACUGUGUGGAGUUUCAGCACGAGCAUUUCUGCAGAGAUCAGCUGCACCUGCUCAGCCUCAUCCGCAGGAAGGUGUCUGUAAGCCGUGGACUGGACGACAGCGGGCAGAUCUCGCAGGUUCUGGUCGAGAUCAGUCACAUCCGAGGCUGGCAGGACUCGUUUGACUUUAAGCUGAUGGCUCUGUGCAGGGAUAACGAGAGUUUAUGGCAAGAAGUGAACUCCCUCCAACAGAAACACCAGCAGCAGCACAAAAUCAUCCGCAAGAUAAUGCAGUUCAUCAUCAACACGGUCCAGUCGAACGGGAUUAAAGGCCUGAAGAGGAAACUUCCGAUGAUUGACAGCUCUGAGGUGACCCACUCGGCGCCAAAGUACAGCAGAUCAUGUGAUUCGACUGUGGAUUCAAACCUGAGCUCAACCUCGGUGCAGGACGCUCCCUCUCUGGAGGAAAUACCUCUGGAGUCUCUGUCUGCAGACGUUUAUUCCAGCGGCAUGAUCGUCUCUGACAUCACACACCUGCUGGAGCCCCUACGUGAGCAGGACAGUGGUCUAACAGCGGAGAGCGCCCCCUGCUGUGCAUCCGCUCCUCUCUCCCCGGCCUUCUCCUCUGUAGACCUGGCUCUGUCUCUGCUGGAUGAUGCUGCAGCUCCGGAGACGGAAGAGCAGCUUCCAGAGAGGAGUGAGUUGGCGGAUCCGUUAUCUCUGAUUGAAUCGAGUCUGGCUGCCAUUCAGGCGUCUCCGCUGCCCCCCAGCCUGGACAUCCUCUCUGAGCUCUUCAGACCAACCAGCUGCAGCUCAGAAGCUCUCAGUCUGAAGAGGAAACGAGACGCAAAGAGAGGAGCGAACGCUCACACACACGCUUACACAGUUGCGGCUGUGAGGCCUCAGCAGCUGCAGGAAGUGAGUUUUGGAGGAGGAGAUGUGGAGGAAGCCGAGUUUUUACCCUCACUGCUUCAGCUGGUUGAGGAAGCGUCCGUCCCUCUACACACUGACGCGCUCGCGGUGUGAAACCACACAAUAACACACACACACACACACACACACACACACACACACACACACGCAGGCUGAUGCUGGAGAUCAGUGAUCAUCUCCACACGGUUAUUAACACGGACAAUACAGACUCCUGAACACUCAGCACUGCACUUCACUCACACCUGACUGUUCACUGCAGGGGUGCAAAGCAUGAUGGGUAAUGCAUUUACAGUGGAAGGUACAUGUUCUCUGGAUUAAUUAGUCUGCGUCAUGCAUUAGAUAAUCUGGAUUGUUAUCUGGAUCAUCACUGGAUCAUGUCAACUGGAUUAUGUUAUCUUGAUUGUUAUCUGGAUGAGAUAAUCUGGAUUUUGUUAUCUUGAUUGUUAAUCUGGAUUAUUAUCUGGGUUGAUCUAGAUAAUGUAAUCUGAAUCACGUUAUGUGGAUUUUUGUCUAGAUUUUCAUCUGGAUUAUGUUAUCUGGAUCAUAUGUGGAUUGUUAUCUGGAUCCUCUUAUCUGGAUUAUGUAAUCUAGAUUAGUUAAUCUGAUCUUGAAAAUCAAGCAUUUGUAAUUAGAGUAGGACACACUCAUUUGAAAAUAUGCAUAAUCCAGUUAAAGUUACUGUAAAUCUAAGUUUGUUACUGAUAAUAUUUGUUAUUCUUACCAGAUUAUAUUUCUCAGAUACUCGACACUGCAUGUAAUCCAGCACCCGUCAGCUUUACUCACCUGCCAAGGUUUAAAGCAGGGAGCUACAACUGAAUGUAGAUGUGUAUCUGUAGGUUAGUGGAAGUAAAGGUUUAUUUUUGGAAGCAGUUUGACCUUAGAUGAGGGUCGUCGUCGUGUCCUACACGGCUGCGGGGGACUUCUCGGGCGUGGCUGCGGGGGACUUCUCGGGCGUGGCUGCGGGGGACUGCGGAAUAAGACUGAGACUGGGUGGACGCUGCCAGGUUACGGCGUGUCUGCUUACAUUUAUUGAUCACUUUAUCCAGUACGGCCACUAGCUCGCUAAAAUCAAUGUCCUUACAGGAAAGUCCGUUCGCUUGGUGACCGGCUUGGCAGCGUCGCCAGGCUGAGGCCGGAUUCCUCUCUCUCUGAAUGAGGAGAGACGCAAACACUUGUCCACAUAUGGACAUCACCAAGAGUCAGGCGUGUAACAUAUGGACGGUACAUGUAUGUCUGAUUCGUGGCUGAACGCAUCCCAGUAGUUAUAAUUGUUACCUAGUAUCUGCUUUUAAAUAUAUUUUUUAUAUAUUUUAAUUUGCAUGUUUAAUGAUUUUAUUGCAUAUCUUACAAUGUACAUAUCUUUACAGUUCAGUUGUGUAGCCAUUAUUACUUUUCGUUAGGAAGGAUGUUGAAGAAUCAAAGAUACAUUAAACCUUAUAUAACAUGAAGUUGGCAUGUAUGACUAAUGUACAUCAUUCAUUUAUGAAUAUUUUCUCUAUUGUUUAAUUUAUUGUAUGUAGGUUACACAUAUGUUUAAAUAUGUUGUCCUGUAUUUGAAAAUUACCAAGUUGGCACGUCACGUCCAGGGAAAUAUGCUAAUAUGAAAUCUGUAUGUGGUCAUAAAUCACAUUUCACGUUUUACAAUGCCAGCUUUUAAUAUUUACAGUUCUACGUAUGAAAUAUUGACCCUGCAAGAUUCAAUAAUCUGUAAUGUUCCAUCAUUACAUCAGUGGUGUGUACAUGUUCCACGCUGUACUGACCGCGUUCAGCGAGAAAAGCAUGUGUGAGUCGUGUUUACUGGAACGGGGGUUGUGCCUAUAACUUUGGCCUCCAGAUUGUUUUUCUCUACUGACUGUGUUUUGUACAAAUACAGGGAGCAUUAAACUUUGGCCUUCAGGCGGAUUUGGCCUUUUUAUGUUCCUCCACUGACUGCAUUUGUCCAGACACAUACAGUAAAGAUAUGAAAAAUCUCCCUAAGAUCACACGUACAACUGUUAACCUGUAAAACCUGUAAAAUACAUUAAACAGUUCUUCUCUUUAUUGUGUAUAUUUUAUUUGUAGCUUUGUUCUGGUGUUUAAAGCAGGCUGCGGAAAACAAUAAAAGUGGUUUGAAACGA